AUGGCCGGUAAGGUGAAGUGGGUGACUGAUAUUGAGAAAUCAGUGCUCAUCAACAACUUUGAGAAGAGGGAAUGGAUUCAAGUCACAGAAAACGAAGAUUGGAAUUUCUACUGGAUGAGUAUCCAGACCAUCAGGAACGUGUUCAGCGUGGACACUGGCUACCGCCUGUCAGAUGACCAGAUGGUUAACCACUUCCCCAACCAUUAUGAGCUGACCAGGAAGGACCUGAUGAUUAAGAACAUCAAACGCUACCGCAAGGAGCUGGAGAAAGAAAGCAGCCCGCUGGCAGAGAAGGACGAGAAUGGAAAAUACAUCUAUUUAGAUUUUGUCCCUGUGACAUUCAUGCUCCCUGCUGAUUAUAAUCUGUUUGUGGAGGAGUAUCGCAAGAAUCCGUCCAGCACCUGGAUCAUGAAGCCCUGCGGGAAAGCCCAAGGCAAGGGCAUCUUCCUCAUCAACAAACUGUCCCAGAUCAAAAAGUGGUCCAGAGACAGCCGCACCUCAACGUUUGUAGCUGCCGCUCAGGGCAAGGAGGCCUAUGUCAUCUCCCUGUACAUCGACAAUCCUCUGCUGAUAGGAGGGAAGAAGUUUGACCUGCGACUCUACGUCCUGGUGACCACGUACCGGCCACUCAAAUGCUACAUGUACAAGCUGGGUUUCUGUAGGUUCUGUACAGUGAAGUACACACCCAGCACAAGUGAGCUGGACAACAUGUUUGUUCACCUCACUAAUGUGGCCAUCCAAAAACAUGGGGAUGACUACAACCACGUUCACGGAGGCAAGUGGACGGUCAGUAACCUCCGUUUGUACCUAGAAAGCACCAGAGGAAAGGAGGUGACUGGCCGCCUGUUCGAUCAGAUCCACUGGAUCGUGGUGCAGUCUCUGAAGGCCGUGGCUCCUGUAAUGAACAAUGACAAGCACUGUUUCGAGUGUUACGGGUAUGACAUCAUCAUUGAUGACAAGCUCAAGCCAUGGCUUAUCGAGGUCAAUGCCUCUCCCUCGUUGACCUCCAGCACGGCCAACGACCGUAUCCUGAAGUACAACCUCAUCAACGACACCCUCAACAUCGUCACGCCCAACGGGGACAUCCCAGACUGCCGCUGGAACCGCAGCCCGCCCCGAGAGGCCCUGGGCAACUAUCAAGUCCUGUACGACGAAGAGCAGGCGCAGAGCGAGAAUGCGGAGCGUGACCUGCGGAGCCGCUCAGGCCAGUCCCUGGGGUCAAAGGGCACCAAGGGGAGCGCAGGCAUUCGCCCCGCUGCCGCAACCUGGAAGUGAGGUGAUAUUGCUGACUCUUAAUGACUUCCUGUACAUUACCACAGGCUCCAUCAGUGGGGCACUGGGAAUAAAACAAGGACCACUUAGACUCUCUUUUUUUUAGCCCAACUAACUGUUGGAGGACUGCUCCCUCCCUCCAAAUUUC